AUGUCAGAAACAAAUGAAGAAACAAUACAACAAAUCUUACCAUUAGAAAUUAUAGAUAGAUCAGUUGGUAAAAAAGUAAAAGUAUUAAUGACUAGUAAUAAAGAGUUUUACGGCAAAUUAAUAGGAUUUGAUGAUUAUGUUAAUAUGGUUUUAGAAGAUGUUACUGAAUCAGAUAAUGAUGAAGUUGUUAAAAAGAUGUUAUUAAAUGGUGGACAUAUAGCUAUGAUAAUACCUGAUAUUAAUGUAUAG